GUGCUGGGUCUUGUGGGGGGAAAGCGCUCUGACCGACUUUGGCGUGUCGGCGCAAUGCUGCGGUCAGGGGGCCGGGUGUUGGCACCGAGACAUUUGAAUUAGCUUUGGCAGGAAAGAAAUGGAGGAACCAUAGAACAUUAAGGAUGAAUUCAGGAAGACCUGAGACCAUGGAAAACUUGCCUGCCCUCUACACUAUUUUCCAAGGAGAGGUUGCUAUGGUGACAGACUAUGGCGCCUUUAUCAAAAUCCCAGGCUGUCGGAAACAAGGUCUGGUCCAUAGAACUCACAUGUCAUCCUGUCGUGUGGAUAAGCCCUCUGAGAUAGUAGAUGUCGGAGACAAAGUGUGGGUGAAACUUAUUGGCCGAGAGAUGAAAAAUGAUAGGAUAAAAGUAUCCCUCUCCAUGAAAGUUGUCAACCAAGGGACUGGGAAAGACCUUGACCCUAACAACGUUAUCAUUGAGCAAGAAGAGAGGCGGAGGCGGUCGUUCCAGGAUUACACUGGACAGAAGAUCACCCUUGAAGCUGUCCUGAACACGACCUGCAAGAAAUGUGGCUGUAAAGGCCACUUUGCAAAGGAUUGUUUCAUGCAGCCAGGUGGAACCAAAUACUCCCUGAUACCUGAUGAGGAUGAGGAGAAGGAAGAGGCAAAACCAUCAGAUAAGCCUGACCCCACCAGGAAUUCUUCUGGGAAAAGAAAGAAGGAAAAAAAGAAAAAGAAACACAAAGACAGGAAGUCAUCUGAGUCUGACAGUUCAGACUGUGAGAGUGAUACAGGCAAGAGGGCGAGGCACACAUCAAAAGACAGCAAGGCAGCAAAGAAGAAGAAAAAGAAGAAGAAGCACAAGAAGAAGCACAAGGAGUGAGAGUGCCAAGAGCAGAGGGGUGGUGAGAGGAGGAGCCAGGACAUUUGUGCCUUGAAGCCCUGGCUCCUGGAGAGACUCGAUAGUAGAUUGUAGCCUCGCACCCAUGACCUUCCUCCCAUGACGUGGCUUCCUUCACAUAGCUGGCAGGUGUGGGAAUUAGAUGCCAAAGGCAUCUGUGUGAAAGAGCUGUGUCCUUAUCGCUUCCUGUCCCUUUGCAAGUGACUCCUGCAGCUCAUCCAUCCAUUCAUCCAACGUCCUUAUUCAGCAGGAGGUCCUAUUACCCUCUCCAGCUGCCACUGCCAGAGCCAGAUUCCUGUACAGACUCUUGUAUAGGAGUCCAGGCUGGAGCACAGGUACUGCUGUGGAGGUGUGUGUGGCUAUAGGUGGAGAGCGGAGUGAUCAGCCCCUCCCUGUUGGCCUGCCCUGGGGUGAUUGGUGAGUGGCCGCCGCUGGCAGAGGCUGGAAGGGGAACAUGGUAAGAAGUGGUGUUCACUCUUUCCAAUUCCCUAAUGAUUCUGUCCUAGAAAUGAUAGCCAGCGGUCACAGCCAGAAAACCAUUGUUUGCGGUGACUGAGCUUGUGUGUGACAUUCUGCUUGACAACUCAAGCCAAAAGCAUUGCUUUACUUUGUAUUAACUACUGUGUCAGUCUGUUGGUUCCACUUCAGGUGUCUGCUUACAUUCCUCACACUAAAUGGAAAUGUGUUUGGUUCUAAACUUACUGAAAGUUUUUAUUACUAUAAUCCUUGGAUUAUUUACAGACUAAUGAUCACUGAGUUUAAGUCUUAGUUGCCUUGGAGAGAGACCCAACUGGGGUACAGAGUCAGAGGCAUUAACAAGUCAUAGCUUCCAUGGGAAGCCACCCAUAAACCCUUUCUUGGCAGUGAUCAGGUGACCUCCCCCUCCAGUAAGAAUUUAUAACCAUGAGCAGUGAUCUGGGGCAUAGGUGGGAUUUUUGGCCAGUGGUCAUUUUUCUUCUAUCACCAAAGCCCAGCCCAGAUCCUGUGUUCCCCGUGUGCAUUCCACACCAAAGAAUGAUUAACCACACCCAGGAGACUCAGUGGAGAUGGACCUGAAGUGACAGCUCAGGGGACAUGGGGUUAGGGUUAGGGUUAGGAGCCUGGGGAAGGCCUGCACUGAUUGAUCCACACUGGCCUUACUUGUUUGGAUCAUGGGAAGGGGCAAAGUGUAGGAACAGCUCUUUUACUAUUGAACCUGUGAGCUGGUCAGCUAAGUGCCUCUUGUCUGUGACACUGUCCAUUUCAGUACUUCUUCCUUAGUGACCUUUAGGCAGGUCAUUUCUGAACACUUUCUACCACAGAGAAACCAAAACUCCCAGAGUUGUGUCACCAAAGGCAAAAAGGCAACUGGCUGGCCUUGGCUUUGUUUAUUGACCUCAGAACACCCUUUGGGUGCAGUUUAAAAAAAAAAAAAAA